AUGUACCGGAGUCCUCUGACUCCUCUCCUGCCUUGCUGUGCUGUGUGGUGGAAGCCGGAGGUCGGUAUCUGCGCUGACAUAACGUUUAGAUGCACUGAGCUUGCCAGCCCAGGAUACCCCCACCGGGUAGACUCGCCACCGGUGAUUGGCCAGUCAACAUGGCCCACUGCUGCCUCACUGUGCGGUAGCCUACUACAAGGCGACUGGGUGCAUUUACCAGAUCCACACACUGGGCAAAAUCCCCUGUCAGCACAUUACUGCAGCGCUGGUGUUCUAAUUAAGGCAGCAAUGCUCGGGCACACACUUGGUUUCUGACUCUACUAGACCUGUAGGUUACAGCUGAACAUUUUUAGGGCAUUUAAGAUUUAAAAGACUGACUCAGCAUAUUUUAAUAUUUUCUUUCUAGUGAAUUGUUGGAUUCAGUGGUUAAAAUGGGUAUUUUUGUACACAUGGUUUUAAUUGCUGCCUACAUGGGUUAUGGCUCAUUGCGUAGUCUGUUUUUAAUAAUUUAAUCUAAUCUCUGUACCAGAGAUACCGCCAAACCCUACUUUGACUGAUGGUACAGGAGCUUUUAUCUUUCAGAGGGGUCUGAUUGUGUUACAAUUUAAUUCCUACUGUGACAUGCUCAUAACUUUCUCAUCUUGAGGGUUUGGUCUGGUUAAAAACUGUUAUUUUUAAUCAAUUAGUGUAGAGCGAUUUUAGGAAGCAACAAAUCAAGGUGUUUUAUUAUUCUGCUUUUGGUGUCGUGAAACGUUCUCACAAACCCAGGCCCGUUGGCUAUGGAGGAACUUCCGACCCCAAAUGAUUUGAAAACUAGAUCAGGGUUGGGACUGAUGCAUAUUAAUGUGAGGAGUCUGAAGCUGAAAAUGGGUUCACACUGCGUACGGCCCAGUACAUAACUGGGGCAAAGCUUCCUGCCAUCCAGGACCUCUAUACCAGGCGGUGUCAGAGGAAGGCCCUAAAAAUUGUCAAAGACUCCAGCCACCUUAGUCAUAGACUGUUCUCUCUGCUACCGCACGGCAAGCGGUACCGGAGUGCCAAGUCUAGGUCCAAAAGACUUCUCAACAGCUUCUACCCCCAAGCCAUAAGACUCCUGAACAGCUAAUCAUGGCUACCCGGACUAUUUGCACUGCCCCCCCCACCCCAUCCUUUUUACGCUGCUGCUACUCUGUUAAUUAUUUAUGCAUAGUCACUUUAACUCUACCCACAUGUACAUAUUACUUCAACUACCUCAACUAGCCGGUGCCCCCGCACAUUGACUCUGCACCGGUACCCCCCUGUAUAUAUAGCCUCCCUACUGUCACUUGAUUUUUACUUCUGCUCUUUUUUUUCUCAACACUUUUUUUUGUUGUUUUAUUUUUACUUUUUUUGUUUAAAAUAAAUGCACUGUUGGUUAAGGGCUGUAAGUAAGCAUUUCACUGUAAUGUCUGCACCUGUUGUAUUCGGCGCAUGUGACCAAUAAAAUUUGAUUUGAUUUGACCCAGAUGUCUUAGUUCUGUCUGAGACCUGGCUUAAGAAAUCUGUUGUAUACCAGUCUAUAGGCUUGGAUAGAUAUGUUUAUCGAUGUGAUCGACGAAGUAAGGGGGAGGUAUAGCCAUUUUAUAUUAAAGACUGAUACAGUGCGUUCAGAAAGUAUUCAGACCCCUUGACUUUUUCCACAAUUUGUUACGUUACAGCCUAAUUCUAAAAUGGAUUAAAUUAUUUAUUUUCUCAUCACUCUACACACAAUACCCCAUAAUGACGGAACAAAAACAGGUUUUUAGAACAUUUUGAAAUAUCACAUUUACAUAAGUAUUCAGACCUUUUACUCAGUACUUUGUUGAAGCACCUUUGGCAGCGAUUACAGCCUUGAGUCUUCUUGGGUAUGAUGCUACAAGCUUGGCACACCUGUAUUUGGGGAGUUUCUCCCAUUCUUCUCUGCAGAUCCUCUCAAGCUCUGUCAGGUUGGAUGGGGAGCAUCGCUGCACAGCUAUUUUCAGGUCUCUCCAGAGAUGUUAGAUCGGGUUCAAGUCCGGGCUCUGGCUGGGCCACUCAAGGACAUUCAGAGACUUGUCCCGAAGCCACUCCUGCGUUGUCUUUGCUGUGUGCUUAGGGUCAUUGUCCUGUUGGAAGCUGGAGCAGGUUUUCAUCAAGGAUCUCUCUGUACUUUGCUCUGUUCAUCUUUCCCUCCAUCCUGACUAGUCUCCCAGUCCCUGCCACUGAAAAAAAUCAGAACUGGCUGUCAUAUGCCUGUUACUGAGGAGUGGCUUCCGUCUGGCCACUCUACCAUAAAGGCCUGAUUGGUGGAGUGCUGCAGAGAUGGUUGUCGUCCUGGAAGAUUCUCUCAUCUCCACAGAGGAACUCUAGAGCUCUGUCAGAGUGACCAUCGGGUUCUUGGUCACCUCCCUGACCAAGACCCUUCUCCCCUGAUUGCUCAGUUUGGCCGGGUUGGCCAGCUCUAGGAAGAGUCUUGGUGGUUCCAAACUUCUUCCAUUUAAGAAUGGAGGCCACUGUGUUCUUGGGGACCUUCAAUGCUGCAUACAUUUUUUUGGUACACUUCCCCAGAUCUGUGCCUCGACGCAAUCCUGUCUCGGAGCUCUACGGACAAUUCCUUCGACCUCAUGGCUUGGUUUUUGGGGCGGCAGGUAGCUUAGUGGUUAAGAGCGUUGUGCCAGUAACCGAAAGGUUGCUGGUUCUAAUCCCCGAGCCGACUAGGUGAAGAAUCUGUCGAUGUGCCCUUAAGCAAGGCACUUAACCCUAAUUUAUUCUGUAAGUCGCUCUGGAUAAGGUCGUCUGCUAAAUGACUAAAAUGUAAAAAUGUAAAUGUUUUUGCUCUGACAUGCACUGUCAUCUGUGGGACCUUUUUAUAUAGACAGGGGUGUGUGUGCCUUUCCAAAUCAUGUCCAAUCAAUUGAAUUUACCUCAGGUGGACUCCAAUCAAGUUGUAGAAACAUCUCAAGGAUGAUCAGGGGAAACAGGAUGCACCUGAGCUCAAUUCUGAUUCUCAUAGCAAAUGGUCUGAAUACUUAUGUAAAGUUUUUUCUGUUUUUUAUUUUUAGUACGUUUGCAAAAAUUUCAAAACCAGUUUUUUCUUUGUCAUUAUGGGUAUUGUGUGUAGAUUGAGGAGAAAUUAAUUUAGUCCAUUUUAGAAUAAGGCUGUAACAAAAUGUGGAAAAAGUUUUGGGGGCUGAAUACUUUCUGAAUGCACUGCAAAUGGUUACUGAACUAAGGUCUUUAUAAAAACCAAAACAGUGAGUUUUUAUCAUUGAAACGGCAGUUAUUGAAAGCUGUGAACUUAGAUUUAAUAGGAUGUUAUAGACCUCCAUCUGCAAAAAGUAGAAUCCCUGGAUUCUCUGGCUGAACUGAUGCGUGGUUGGGGGGAAAAUGAAAUGGUGCUGGUUCUUCAAACUCCAAGGCCAUAUGAGGACAGUGCAAUACACUGAAUUUUACUAAAAUGAUAAAUGCAGUCACAAGACUGAAUCCAAAAGACAUCUCUAAGUCAACACUUAUUUAUGUUAUUUUAACUAACAAUCUGCAUAAAUACUCGGCCAUUGGUAUUUUCCCUAAUGAUUUAAGUGAUUGCAGUUGCUUGCAUUAGAGACACUAAAAUCACCUAAGUGCCCCCUCGGUUCAUAGUCAAUUAAAAUGUUGCGCAGUUCUGUGAGCAGGCAUUCCUGCAUGAACUUUAUGCAUGCAACUGGGAUAGGAUUGCGCUUAUUCCGGACAUCGAGGAGGCAUUCUCCUAUUUUCAUGCCAUGUUUUCUACUAUCUGUGAUAAACACGCCCCUCUCAAAAAGUACAGGGUAAGAGGUAGAGACAAUCCCUGGUUUAUCUGAUUUGAUCCAUAAACGAAAUACACAAUGGGCCAAAGCCGGAAAGUUUAAUUCCAAGGCAAAUGGCAGUUAUUCAGGGCACUGAGAAAUAAGUGCACCUUGUUAAUACGGAAAUGCAAAUCUAGCUUCUAUUACGAAUCAACCAAGGCAAACCUCAAUAACCCGACGAAAUUAUGGAAAAACCAUUAAAUCCAUGAAUGCUAACUCGAACUCCUAUGGUCUUCUGCUGAAGUUGACCUUAAAUUCAAUGGUUGUGACUGACAAGAAUAAACUGCUUGACAUGCUUAAUGAGCAUUUUGCUUAGGCUGGGCAUUUAUUUGAUAAUGAACUCCUUCCUAACAUCUCGAAUGAGGCUGUGAAUGAAACUGCCGCAUGCCGGCCUAUGGUUAAUCUAUUUAAUUUGACCAAGAUUGAGCUUUCAGAAGUUGUAAAUGCACUCGAAUCUAUUGAUAUUAAGAAAGCGUCUGGCCCGGAUGAAUUGAACCCUUAUUUUCAAAAAAUUGGUGCAGAGAUAACUGCUGCCCCUCUCCCUCAUAUAUAUUUAAUUGGCGAGUAAUACCAUUCCAAAAGUCUGGAAAGCAGCCUACGUCACACCUUUUUAUUGACUUAUCGAAGGCCUUCGACACUGUUGACCAUGCCCUGCUGUUGUAUUGACUAAAUAAGGUUAGUUUAAGUGUUGAUGCAUUGGAUUGGUUCCAAAACUACCUUUCUGACAGAACAGUGUGUUGCACAGGAGGUUAUGAAAUCUGAGUUUCGAAGGCUUACGAAAGGAGUUCCCCAGGGCUCAGUUUUAGUUCCGAUCCUUAUUACACGGUAUAUAAAUGAUAUAGUGGAAGACUGACUGCAAUUCUCCAUCUGUAUGCUGAUGACACAAUUAUUUAUUGUAGCGCAUCUAAUAUUGAUAAGGCUUUUCAGGACUUAGUUGACUUUUGAUGCUGUUCAAAGGCAACUUUUCGAAUUGAAACUUGUGCUUAAUGCGAGAAACAAAGUGUGGGUUUCUCUUCUCUGAAAGUAGACAUAUGGAGUCACUUGCAGAUUUGAUCUCUAAAAGGGUAGCAAAUUGAUAGGGUCACCUCCUAAUAAGUAUUUUGGGAUAUGGUUAGUUGAAAAGCUUAAUUUUAAACAGCACAUUGAUAACUUCACCAAGAAACUGAAGUUGAAAUUGGGUUUCUAUUUUAGGAACAAAUCUUGCUUUUCAAUGUUAGUCAGAAAGGAUCUUGUUCAAAGCACUAUUUUUUAUCGGUGCUGGAUUAUGGUGAUAUUGUUUAUGUGCCUCAGCAAGAACCUUAACAACUCUGGGAACAGUGUCUCAUGGUGCUUUGAGAUUUAUUACAAAUGAUCACUCGCCUAUCACUGCGAUUUGUAUGCCAAGGUGCAAUGGACCUCUCUUUCCACCAGGAGGCUAAAGCACUGGUACACUUGUGUACAAAGCAUUGAUCGGGCAACUCCCUUUGUAUCUCUGUUCCUUACUGAUCAGAUCAGUCACUCAAUACAGUCUUCGUUCACGGUCGCUGCUGUCCUUGUCUGUUUCUAAUGCCCCUUCAUCCGGGAACAUGCUUCAAAAUAUAUUAAAGUUAGGGGAGUUGGUGUCCUUGCCUGUUUUUAAGACUCUGAGCAACAACACUGUGAUAGCUGCAGUUGUUUCUAAUCUUCAAGUGUAUCUGGAACUUGUGACACUUUGACUUUUGUGUGUAUAUUUUGUUUAUGUAUUUAUGUACACGCUGCUAUUUCCCUGUUUUGCCUUCUUUCCAGGUCACCCUUGCAAAGGCAGUUUUCAACCUCAAUGGGUCUUACCUGGUUAAAUAAAUAUGAAAUAAAAAAUUUGCACAUUGCUGCGCUUAAAAUGUGAAGAAAUAAUAGUUUAUAAAAAAUUAAGAAACAUUCUGAUCUGUUCCAUCAGCCUUUAUUAAUUGAUACGUCAUAUACAGUACCUACACUACUUUUUUUUGGGGGGGGGAAUGGAUCAGCUUAAUAUUGCAGAUAGAUUGUAUCUUCUAUCAAUGUAAUUGUCUGCAUCACUUCCAAUCCCCCAUGUUUAUUUUUAUUUUUUAUAUAUAUAUUCCCCUUUAUUACUUUUCAACCCCACCAUCCUUUCCCUAGUAAAUUAGUGAACAACAACGCCCAGGCCUCUACUUCCGGUCUGUACCUACACUACUUUGAAGCUUUGUGGGGAUGGAGUAGUGAGGAUACGCAAUGCCCACUGAAAAUGCACCUGUGUAUACCCUCCACUACAUCACUGGGGGUGGGACAGAGGACAAGAAUCAAAGGCUCCACUGUUUUUGAGUAUCUCAUGGGCCUCAUUGCCUUAUCACUCACAAGACCUCUGUUGCCCUGUCCUCAAAGAUGCAGUGACUGAUGGCUGAAAAUAAAGGAUUACUCUUGAUCAUGAGUCAUGAUCAAUCAAAAGGGUGAAAUUUGAAAGUAAGCUUGUUUCUCAAAUAUGACGUUUUGGACCAGACAAUAUCUAUAGUGCAUACUACGGUUGGUCGGCUGGAACUAGGUCAGUUGGAGCAAGGUCUGGACUCUCCAUUUUUUUUGGUUUAUCCUCUGGUUUGUUUGUAACCAACUUGCCCUCAGUUGUGGAUGUUUUGACUGAAUGUCUUUCUCCUCUUCUCUCUGUUUUUGUGUAGCUGGCCCAGAGUGUUAUUGAGCUCAACCACCAGAUUCAGCAGAAGGACAAGGAGAUUCAGAGCAAUGAAGCCAAGUGAGUCUACUCUACCUGUUAUGAGUGUGAUUGAUGGUCCAUUUGUACGUUCCAACACUCCAGCUAUUUGCAAUAUUGUUACCUACUGAUGUCAUUCCCUCAUCCCCAUGAACUAGAGGUUUGAUUUCUUCCUGAUGAAUCAGGGAUUUCUGACCAUCCUAUAUACAUUAUUACAUUGAUACACAUUGCAAUUGACCCAGCCCAAAUCAGCGUUCCUCCUUUUCCCCCUGAUAUGAAUGAAUUGUUCUGCCAAUCGCAUCUGCCAGGAUGCAGGAAUACCAGCGGCAGAUCGCCGAGCUGGAGGGUGAGUGCCGGGACCUGCGUGGCCAGCUACAGGACCUGGAGCAGGCCAACCAGACGCUGAAGGACGAGUACGACGCCCUUCAAAUCACCUUCGGUGCUCUGGAGGAGAAGCUGCGGCGCACCACCGAUGACAACCAGGAGCUGGUGUCUCGCUGGAUGGCCGAGAAAUCCCAAGAGGCCAACAAACUCAAUGCAGAAAACGAGAAAGACUGCAAGUGAGUAGGGUUGUCAUGAUACCGGCGAUCACGAUACCAGGAAGUAUCAUGGCAUAGAAACAAAACAUGAGCAGAUUCCAUUUCUUCAGGAAAACUGCCCUAAUGUUGGAAACAAAGAGCCUUAUGUUGUCACUGAGUCACAUUUAUUUAUUCCAAGAUUUAGCACUCCAUAUUUUACAUAAUGCAGGUUUUCAAAGGACCAUAUAGUUUAGUCUGGUUCUAGUGUUUUAUUGAGGGUUUUUGCUAGGGAAAAAUCUUUGUCUUCAUACUGGUACCUCGUGAACUCUACAAGUGAGCGAACCAGGGUGGCACGGCUUGACUCGGCUGUAGUUGUAGCAUAUCUUAUAGUGUGAUGAAGGCGUAUGGAGUAACUAGGUGGCUGGCUUGGAGCUGAGAAGGCUUGGCGACCCAGUUGUGGCUCAGUGAUCGAUCGUCUAGGUGCCCCCAAGUGGCCUGCAUGCAAUUUUAGUAUAUUCUGUAUUUUAAUCAUGUAGCAGACGCUCUUAUCCGGAGAAAGUAGUAAUCAAUGGAUUCAACUAAAGUAGGCAAAACGACCACGUCACCUUCAUUUUAAGUAAAACCUUCCAAAUAAGUGUUAGGUUGCUGUGCAAUCCAGUAAUGGGUGCAUUUUAUGUUUUUUUGUUGUGCUUAUUGUUCCAGGCGCAGACAAGCCAAGCUUCAGAAAGAGCUCGCAGAUGCUGCGAAGGAGCCCCUGCCCAUGGACCCGUGAGUACUAUUUACCGUAGAACCACAAAGUCUGCUCUGAGCAGAGGGAUAUACUACGAAGCAGGAGAGAGGAGUUAGUGAGCUAAACUGGUCAGUUCUGAGCUCAACUGGGGAUAACCGUUGACACGAAGCUGGCUCACCUUUUAGUCAGGUACAUUUCUAUGGCAAGGAAUGCUUCACCUCUAACCUUUUCCGGGGCAGGCUAACUCCACUCAAAAUGCAUUUGAAUAUUAAAAUGUUUAUCACUACACAGUUAGUAAGGAGAGAGGACGUGAGGGAUCAUGGAAAUACAAUUGAGACUCACCCCUAGUGUUGGUGGUUAUGACUUUUCUGUUCUCCUGUCCUCAGCGACGACGACAUCGAGGUUCUAGCUGAGGAUUCUGGGAAGGGCACUGGAGAGGACUCUCCCAACCGGCCGCUCAGCCGCACCCCAAGGUGGGAGUGUGACUCAAACAUGUUCUUAGUGAAACCAAGUCCAGAAACGGCCCCUAUCAAUCAAUCAAUCAAUCAAUUUUAUUUUAUAUAGCCCUUCUUACAUCAGCUAAUAUCUCGAAGUGCUGUACAGAAACCCAGCCUAAAACCCCAAACAGCUAGUAAUGCAGGUGUAGAAGCACGGUGGCUAGGAAAAACUCCCUAGAAAGGCGAAAACCUAGGAAGAAACCUAGAGAGGAACCAGGCUAUGAGGGGUGGCCAGUCCUCUUCUGGCUGUGCCGGGUGAAGAUUAUAACAGAACCAUGCCAAGAUGUUCAAAAAUGUUCAUAAGUGACAAGCAUGGUCAAAUAAUAAUCAGGAAUAAAUCUCAGUUGGCUUUUCAUAGCCGAUCAUUAAGAGUUGAAAACAGCAGGUCUGGGACAGGUAGGGGUUCCAUAACCGCAGGCAGAACAGUUGAAACUGGAAUAGCAGCAAGGCCAGGCGGACUGGGGACAGCAAGGAGUCACCACGGCCGGUAGUCCCGACGUAUGGUCCUAGGGCUCAGGUCUCUCAGUUGGCUUUUCAUAGCCGAUCAUUAAGAGUUGAAAACAGCAGGUCUGGGACAGGUAGGGGUUUCGUAACCGCAGGCAGAACAGUUGAAACUGGAAUAGCAGCAAGGCCAGGCGGACUGGGGACAGCAAGGUGUCAUCAUGCCCGGUAGUCCUGACGUAUGGUCCUAGGGCUCAGGUUCUCAGAGAGAAAGAGAGAACGAGAGAAUUAGAGAGAGCAUACUUAAAUUCACACAGGACACUGGAUAAGACAGGAGAAGUACUCCAGGUAUAACCAACUAACCCCAGCCCCCCGACACAUAAACUACUGCAGCAUAAAUACUGGAGGCUGAGACAGGAGCGGUCCGGAGACACUGUGGCCCCAUCCGAAGAAACCCCCGGACAGGGCCAAACAGGAAGGAUAUAACCCCACCCACUCUGCCAAAGCACAGCCCCCGCACCACUAGAGGGAUAUCCUCAACCACCAACUUACAAUCCUGAGACAAGGCCGAGUAUAGCCCACAGAGGUCUCCACCACAGCACAAACCAGGGGGGGGGCGCCAACCCAGACAGGAAGAUCACGUCAGUAACUCAACCCACUCAAGUGACGCACCCCUCCCAGGGACGGCAUGAAAGAGCACCAGCAAGCCAGUGACUCAGCCCCUGCAACAGGGUUAGAGGCAGAGAACCCCAGUGGAGAGGGGAACCGGCCUGGCAGAGACAGCAAGGGCUGUUCGUUGCUCCAGAGCCUUUCCGUUCACCUUCACACUCCUGGGCCAGACUACACUCAAUCAUAUGACCUACUGAAGAGAUAAGUCUUCAGUAAAGACUUAAAGGUUGAGACCGAGUCUGCGUCUCUCACAUGGGUAGGCAGACUGUUCCAUAAAAAUGGAGAUCUAUAGGAGAAAGCCCUGCCUCCCGCUGUUUGCUUAGAAAUUCUAGGGACAAUUAGGAGGCCUGCGUCUUGUGACCGUAGCGUACGUAUUGGUAUGUACGGCAGGACCAACUCGGAAAGAUAGGUAGGAGCAAGCCCAUGUAACGCUUUAUAGGUUAACAGUAAAACCUUGAAAUCAGCCCUUGCCUUAACAGGAAGCCAGUGUAGGGAAGCUAGCACUGGAGUAAUAUGAUCAAAUUUCUUGGUUCUAGUCAGGAUUCUAGCAGCCGUAUUUAGCACUAACUGAAGUUUAUUUAGUGCUUUAUCCGGGUAGCCGGAAAAUAGAGCAUUGCAGUAGUCUAACCUAGAAGUAACAAAUGCAUGGAUUAAUUUUUCUGCAUCAUUUUUGGACUGAAAAUUUCUGAUUUUUGCAAUGUUACGUAGAUGGAAAAAAGCUGUCCUUGAAACAGUCUUGAUAUGUUCGUCAAAAGAGAGAUCAGGGUCAAGAGUAACGCCGAGGUCCUUCACAGUUUUAUUUGAGACGACUUUACAACCAUCAAGAUGAAUUGUCAGAUUUAACAGAAGAUCUCUUUGUUUCUUGGGACCUAGAACAAGCAUCUCUGUUUUGUCCGAGUUUAAAAGUAGAAAGUUUUCAGCCAUCCACUUCCUUAUGUCUGAAACACAGGCUUCUAGCGAGGGCAAUUUUGGGGCUUCACCAUGUUUCAUUGAAAUGUACAGCUGUGUGUCAUCCGCAUAGCAGUGAAAGUUAACAUUAUGUUUUCGAAUAACAUCCCCAAGAGGUAAAAUAUAUAGUGAAAACAAUAGUGGUCCUAAAACGGAACCUUGAGGAACACCGAAAUGUACAGUUGAUUUGUCGGAGGACAGACCAUUCACAGAGACAAACUGAUAUCUUUCCGACAGGUAAGAUCUAAACCAGGCCAGAACUUGUCCGUGUAGACCAAUUUGGGUUUCCAGUCUCUCCAAAAGAAUGUGGUGAUCGAUGGUGUCAAAGGCAGCACUAAGGUCUAGUAGCACGAGGACAGAUGCAGAGCCUCGGUCUGACGCCAUUAAAAGGUCAUUUACCACCUUCACAAGUGCAGUCUCAGUGCUAUGAUGGGGUCUAAAACCAGACUGAAGCAUUUCGUAUACAUUGUUUGUCUUCAGAAAGGCAGUGAGUUGCUGCGCAACAGCUUUUUCUAAAAUUUUUGAGAGGAAUGGAAGAUUCGAUAUAGGCCGAUAGUUUUUUAUAUUUUCCGGGUCAAGGUUUGGCUUUUUCAAGGGUCAAGGUUUGGCUUUUUCAAGAGAGGCUUUAUCACUGCCACUUUUAGUGAGUUUGGUACACAUCCGGUGGAUAGAGAGCUGUUUAUUAUGUUCAACAUAGGAGGGCCAAGCACAGGAAGCAGCUCCUUCAGCAGUUUAGUAGGAAUAGGAUCCAGUAUGCAGCUUGAAGGUUUAGAGGCCAUGAUUAUUUUCAUCAUUGUGUCAAGAGAUAUAGUACUAAAACACUUAAGUGUCUCUCCCGAUCCCAGGCCCUCGCAGAGCUGUGCAGAUCCAGGACAGCUAAGCCCUGGAGGAAUACGCAGAUUCAAAGAGGAGUCCGUAAUUUGCUUUCUAAUGGUCAUGAUCUUUUCCUCAAAGAAGUUCAUGAAUUUAUUACUGCUGAAGUGAAAGCCAUCCUCUCUUGGGGAAUGCUGCUUUUUAGUUAGCUUUGCAACAGUAUCAAAAAGAAAUUCAGGAUUAUUCUUAUUUUCCUCGAUUAAGUUGGAAAAGUAGGAUGAUCGAGCAGCAGUGAGGGCUCUUCGGUACUGCACGGUACUGUCUUUCCAAGCUAGUCGGAAGACUUCCAGUUUGGUGUGGCGCCAUUUCCGUUCCAAUUUCCUGGAAGCUUGCUUCAAAGCUCGGGUAUUUUCUGUAUACCAGGGAGCUAGUUUCUUAUGACAAAUGUUUUUCGUUUUUAGGGGUGCAACUGCAUCUAGGGUAUUGCGCAAGGUUAAAUUGAGUUCCUCAGUUAAGUGGUUAACUGAUUUUUUUCCUCUGACGUCCUUGGGUAGGCAGAAGGAGUCUGGAAGGGCAUCAAGGAAUUUUUGUGUUGUCAAGGAACACUUGAUGUAGAUCUGUAAGAAUUGGAUAGAUCUAAACAAUGGAAGUAGCUCCACCUUGCCCUAUGGAAGGCUUGGGUGAAAUCUUCGCCAAUCUGCAUGUUGUUUAUACCAGACUUGGGUUCAAAUUAUUUGUUCAUUAAGUACUUAUUUUCUGUGUAUUUUAGUAUUUUCAAAUAAAUGGCCCGAAUUAACUACUUCUAUUGGAAGUAUUUUCCAAAUACUUAUUUCCAAAUUCAUUAUUUCAAAUACCAUACAGACCUGGGUUCAAAUGCAUGGGAGUAUUUAUUUGUUGUAUUUGAAAAUACUCUGUGUAUUUUCUACUUUAAUUAAAAUAAAUAUAUACUGUACCAGUCAAAAGUUUGGACACACCUACUCAUUGAAGGGGUUUUCUUUAUUUUUUAAAUGUUCUACAUUGUAGUAUAAAUAGUGAAGACAUCAAAACUAUGAAAUAACACAUGGAAUCAUGUAGUAACCAAAAAAGUGUUAAACAAAUCAAAAUAUAUUUUAUAUUUGAGAUUCUUCAAAGUAGCCACCCUUUGCAUUGAUGACAGCUUUGCACACUCUUGGCAUUCUCUCAACCAGCUUCAUGAGGAUCGCUUUUCCAACAGUCUUGAAGGAGUUCCCACAUAUGCUGAGCACUUGUUGGCUGCUUUUCCUUCACUCUGUGGUCCAACUCAUCCCAAACCAUCUCAAUUGGGUUGAGGUCGGGUGAUUGUAGAGGCCAGAUCAUCUCAUGUAGCACUCCAUCACUCUCCUUCUUGGUCAAAUAGCCCUUACACUGCCUGGAGGUUUGUUUUGGGUCAUUGUCCUGUUGAAAAACAAAUUAUGGCCCCACUAAGCGCAAACCAGAUGGGAUGGCGUAUCACUGCAGAAUGCUGUGGUAGCCAUGCUGGUUAAGUGUGCCUUUAAUUCUAAAUAAAUCACUGACAGUGUCACCAUCACACCUCCUCCUCCGUGCUUCACGGUGGGAACCACAUACAGUGAGGGGGAAAAGGUAUUUGAUCCCCUGCUGAUUUUGUACGUUUGCCCACUGACAAAGACAUGAUCAGUAUCUAAUUUUAAUGGUAGGUUUAUUUGAACAGUGAGAGACAGAAUAACAACAACAAAAUCCAGAAGAACGCAUGUAAAAAAUGUUAUAAAUUGAUUUGCAUUUUAAUGAGGGAAAUAAGUAUUUGACCCCUCUGCAAUCUUUCUGAUUGAGAGGGGGUGAAAUACUUAUUUCCCUCAUUAAAAUGCAAAUCAAUUUAUAACAUUUUUUACAUGCAUUUUGUUGUUAUUCUGUCUCUCACUGUUCAAAUAAACCUACCAUUAAAAUUAUAGACUGAUCAUUUCUUUGUCAGUGGGCAAACAUACAAAAUCAAUCAAAUACUUUUUUCCCUCACUGUAUGCGGAGAUCAUCCGUUCACCUACUCUGCGUUAGAACCAAAAAUCUCAAAUUUGGACUCAUCAGACCAAAGGACACAUUUCCACCGGUCUAAUGUCCAUUGCUCGUGUUUCUUGGCCCAAGCAAGUCUCUUCUUCUUAUUGGUGUCCUUUUAGUAGUGGUUUCUUUGCAGCAAUUCGACCAUGAAGGCCUGAUUCACACAGUCUCCUCUGAACAGUUGCGGUUGAUGUGUCUGUUACUUGAACUCUGAAGCAUUUAUUUGGGCUGCAAUCUGAGGUGCAGUUAACUCUAAUGAACUUUUCCUCUGCAGCAGAGGUAACUCUGGGUCUUCCUUUCCUGUGGCGGUCCUCAUGAGAGCCAGUUUCAUCAUAGCGCUUGAUGGUUUUUGCGACUGCACUUGAAGAAACUUUCAAAGUUCUUGAAGUUUCCCGGAUUGACUGACCUUCAUGUCUUAAAGUAAUGAUGGACUGUCGUUUCUCUUUGCUUAUUUUAGCUGUUCUUGCCAUAAUAUGGACUUGGUCUUUUACCAAAUAGGGCUAUCUUCUGUAUACCACCCCUACCUUGUCACAACACAACUGAUUGGCUCAAAUGCAUUAAAUUCCACAAAUUAACUUUUAACAAAGCACACCUGUUAAUUUAAAUGCAUUCCAGUUUUCUACCUCAUGAAGCUGGUUGAGAGAAUGCCAAGUGUGCAUAGCUGUCAAGGCAAAGGGUGGCUAUUUGAAGAAUCUCAAAUACAAAAUAUAUUUUGAUUUGUUUAACACUUUUGGUUACUACAUGAUUCCAUAUGUGUUAUUUCAUAGUUUUGAUGUCUUCACUAUUAUUCUACAAUGUAGAAAAUAGUAAAAAUAAAGAAACGCUUUAAUGAGUAGGUGUGUCCAAACUUUUGACUGGUACUGUAUAUAAUACAAAUACUUACUUCCAAAUGUCUAUGAAAAUAAUUGAACAACCCUAAAUGGUAUUUGAACCCAGGUCUGGUUUAUCUAUCGAAUCUUUUCAAAUCUACACAAGUGCUUAGAAAGUUGGGGCUAGAGACAUUUCUGGACCAGGCCGUAUAUUGUUGGCAGAGGUGUUGCGUCGCAUAUGAAAUAACCCUCCUCUCGGUCUUCCUCUCUCGUAGUAAACGUAUCUCCGGACAGCCUCCUCAAAGCGGCCUGUUGGACUCAAUCUCCAACAUAUUUGGGUAGGUACGCAUUUGCUUGGUUCUCUGUGUGGCUGAUGCCUCCCACUCUAUGGGUGUCUGUCUGGUCGUCUGUCCUGGGAUGUGUUCAUAAGGCACCAAACGGAAGAGAACCGACUGAAACGGGGAUUGACUACUAGGGGUGUAUUCACUAAGUAGCAAACAGGCCGAAACAGUGCGGGACUAACUUAAAUGUGUCCCUCCCCCAAAAAAACGCUUGUUUCCGUUGCAAAAAGUAUUGCUACAGUGUGCAUUAAUGAAUGCACCUCUGGACAGGCUCAUUUUCGUUUUCUGUUGCAUUACAUUUUCAAACGUUUUCCCUGAUGUUACUGUGGUUCCCAUGUGGAUCCUCUCUGGUUGUGUGUGUCCAUCCUGUUGAUGAUGGCUUCUCUCUGUCUGUCUGUCUGCAGCGUGUCUGAGUCUGUGCAGCCUGGACUCCUCCCUCCAGACUCCAGGUGAAACGUCACUGUGGUGUCUGUAGGGCUCACAGAUGUGUGUGUGGGCCUGUGUGUAUGUGCGUGUUAGAGGAGGCAUCUUGAUGUCGCUACAAAAAAUAAUCCAUGAUGAUGGCACUAUUUACAUUUGGAUUCUCACUGAAAACAAAUUAACACACUUGGUCAGAUCUUUUGUUUCCUACGUGGGAUUUAAAUCUGGGAAUGACAGUGGCAAAUCUUAAACUGAUCGAUUGAUUUAAAACGGGGUCUCUAACAUAACUAUUGCUUCAUUAGUAAUUAAAUUGCUUUUUUCAAAUCCUAUUUUUGCCAGGAUUUAGAAGUUUGGAAGUUGUUCCAAAGCUAAUUCAUCAAUUCUGUGGAAACAAAGGAGUCGGAACUCACCUCUUCCUAAUUCCAUCUAAUGUGAAUGGGGUAACUGGUUUUAUCAUUCCAAAGUGUUCCCUCUAAUAAGUCUACCACAUACUGACAUGCUUUUCAAAGCGCCUGCGUCUUUGUGUUUGUGAUUUUCCCCCCUUAUACCGGUAUGUAAAAUGCAAACAAGCCUGGAGACUUAAGGGUGUUCCAUAAAGCAGGAUCAUUAAGUUAGCCAGUUAACUUUGAUAAGCAGUAAAAUAUAUAUAUUUCUUAAUUAAUUUAAAUAUAAACAUUAAUAUGGGUUGUUAGAUGUCAAGUCUAUACCAUGGUAACUUCAAAGAUAUUUAUCUUAUCAGUUUGAGGCAGCAUUACGUUAACUAACAAAGAGCGGUGCCUUGUUGGCUUACUGUAAUUAAGUGAAUUGUUUCACUCCAUGAUGGUUAGCUAGUAAAGUUGUUUACAGUUGGCAACUGCUCCUACACUAUUUUGCUAGCUACCAUGACACUUGGCUAUAGCGUAUUGGCUAUAGUAUGUAACCUAGUUUGAUGGUUGAAGGAUUUCCUGUGUGGAUUUACUCCGAAACUACCUUGCAAGCGUUGCGUUUUCCGUCGGUGUAAAAACCGAGAUUAAAAUAAAGUGUGAGCCAGUUGUGAGUUGCUUCUGCAUGUCUCGUUGGUUACAAGUGGGACCGUUUCAGCUAUGUGACGCUUGCAGUGUAGUUUGGCCGUUAGCGGCAACUGAUUUGUGAUCCUAGAAAUCCCUGGCUUCCAUUUGCUUCCUGACAAGAUUUCCUUGACUUCUUCCCUCUCCCAUAGCUCUGCUUUCUGAUCAUGCACUGGCUUCCCUGGGACCAUUGCAUGUUGCGCUAUGGUUGUAUUUCGACUCCUCAGAAUGUUUUUUUUUUUUUAUUGCGCAUUUGAGGUGAUUACUAGUUUGGGCGAUAGUGCAGAAUUGCCUAUCUCAAUCACAUAAUGGGUAGUCAAGUCAUUUGGGAUGCGAGGUGAAUUGUAGAUCAGCAGUUCUGAGCAGACCGACUGCAAUGUAGUCAAUCUCAAACAUGCGUGAUAAUCUGACUGGAUUGAUUGACAGCUCGCAUCUCUGUUGGCAGACGUCGUCCUGGGAACUGGCACGGAACGUCACCUGAAAACACAGAGACCCCCUCCGGAGUGUGUGCCGAUGUCCGUGUUCCCUCCACGGCCCUCCACGUAUUUGUAAGUAUCUUCGUUUCAUUCUCCUACACACAAUGUGUUUUGAGAUCAGGCCAGCUCUCGCUCUCACUCUCGCACACACACUCAUUUUCACGAAAGACGGGAGCCUUUUUUAGGUCAGGUGCUGAAGGUCAGUGAUGAGAUGUGAAAGGUCUGAUUUCCCAAGUCCCUUCCCAUUGUCCCCUCUGCUCCCAGCAACCCCUGCUCUACUCCCAGCAUGCACUAGUUGUGCAUCAUUGGCCACAGGGGCUGCUGACAGAGAGGAUGACCUCACAUCCUGUGUCUGUAAGAGACCAAGGCAUCACAGUGAUGACGGACAUCCAACAUGACCAAUCACCAAGGAGUAUCGGGGUGUGGGAUUGGUAGAUCUCAAGUUUUCAGGUUGAGACCUAAACUUCAGAAAAAAGAUGCAAGAGAGAAAGAAAAAUACUUAAAUUGGUUUUAUGGGCUUUCAAAGGAGCUGUGCACCAAUUGAGAAAGUGUUUAUGAUAUUUGUUUGUGUUUUAAAAACUACCUCUGUAUCUUCAGUCACCACCUGUAUUUACUGUGUUAACCCGAUUUGUAUUCAUUAUGCACCAAAUGGAAGAAAUCGUCAAAUAAGAUCUUGUUUUCUGUCGCAAACCCCUUUUGAAACGUUUUCAGUUGCAUAUGUGCCCACAUUGACACGGUGACGCUGAUGACCUCUGGUCACCCACUGUGUGUGGCAUUUGUCUGUUCAGGAAGCCCAUGACGGGGAGGUGAAUGCGGUGCGGUUCAGCCCAGGCUCCCGACUCCUGGCCACCGGAGGGAUGGACCGCAGGGUCAAACUGUGGGAGGUGGUCUCAGGUACGUGACGUCACAGUAUGUAUGUCUGGCCCUGCUCGAAAACCUUCAAAAUGCUUCCCUCCUGCUUUCCUUGAGGUAAUCACUGAUUUUGAAUACGAUUGGAUAGGUAAGAACAUGGUUUCCAGCCCGUGGUUUUUUCGCCAAUUAUACUGUCAGAUUUGCAAUUUCUUCAAGGAGAGGAAGGAAGGUGCAUUUCUUGUGUAUUCAAACAGGGCUAGGGUCUUUGUAUGAGGAAAGUGUCUGACUGGUGUGUGUGACUUUUGUAGAUCUGGAGGUCAAUGAUGAGAUGUAAAAGGUCUGAUUGCCCAAGUCCCUUCCCAUUGUCCCCUUCGGCUCCCAGCAGCCCCUGCUCUACUACCAGCAUGCUCUAGUUGUGCGUCGUUGGCCACAGGGGCUGCUGACAGAGAGGAUGACCUCACAUCCUGUGUCUGUAAGAGACCAAGGCGUCACAGUGAUGAUGGACAUCCAACAUGACCAAUCACUAAGGAGUUUUGGGGGUGUGGGAUUGGGAUAGGUAGAUGAUCUCAAGUUUUCAAGCUGAGACCUUCAUAAAAGGAGCAUGAUUAGAGCGCACCAAACGGGAGUAUGUCAAUUAGGGAUGUGACAAAUGGACAAUUUUGCUUACUGGUUAAACAGCAAUUUUUUGUUUCGUUUUUCCGUUAUAUGCCUUUCAGCCUAUAAUUACCCGCUAGAGAAUGUUGAGAAUGUUGUGCGUUCCCUUCAGCAUACGCAUCAGAUGCAUAUCAACCCACAAGCUGUGCAAACAUAAGCCCAAAUAGUGCAUAAACAAAGGAUUAAUUGCAUAAAUAAAUAUUUGUGGAAAUAUAUCCAUGUGAAAAUAUAACAAUAGUUAUUUGUUUAGAUAGUGAAGGAUAUGUUUUGUAUAAUUCUAUAAAGUCCUAGUGAAAAACAUAGACCUAUAGCCUAUUUUCGACACUAUUUCCAGCCAAGGACUCAUCAACAUUCUAACAGUCUAAUAAAUAUAUUUAAUAUAUGCUAUCGGAAGAAUAAUCAUUUGGUUGUGUUUAUGAAUGUCUUAAGUAACAUUAGAAUACAAAAAAAACAAUUAUUUCAAAGAACGUAAUAGCAUUUUCAUUAGUUCGUUACUGUAGGCCCCUCAAACUCAACUCUGGACCUCGAAGCCAGUUCCACUGCAUUUUUUAAUUGUUCCCUUCUGAUCAGGUACUGAUUUAGACCUGGGACAUCAGGUGUGUGUGCAAUUAAUUAUCAAGUAGAACAGAAAAGCAGCAGGCUCCGGACCUCGUAGUGUAAGAAUUGACUACCCCUGCUCUAGGCUAGAAGUAAAAACGUAAAACCACUAGUUCAAGAGUUAAAUCCAUCACAAAGAAAAAUCCAUUAUUUCAUUUUUGCAGGUCUAAAAAAACAUUGUGGAGAUAAAAAUAUAUAAAAAAAAAACUGAAUAGCAUAUUUUACGUUUAUUAUGUUACUAGCCUUUGCUUAGUAGCCAGAACAAUGCGAGUGGUCAUGUGCUGAACGCAUGGACAGAGCUGCACCUCGUGAAUUUUGUUAUUUGACAAAGGGAAGUAUAUUAGAAACUGCUGAAUAUGCUCUUUCUGGUACUAUAUAGAAAUCAAAACGUAUUACCUGCAUGUGACUCUGAAGGAGGAUUUGAUAGUGAUGCUCCUUUCCCCGCAUCUGUCAAUUCCAAGCUGCGCCCAUCUCUUCAUGUACAAUUUGACAACUGUUAAUAUUGUCACUCAUCAGACUGUCAAUUUAAUCUUGACUUUAGGCCAGCUCUUAUGUGUGAAAUUAGUUCCGGUGUAGUUUGGAUGGGCUGACUGCGCAGGCUGACUUUAGGCCAGCUCUUAUGUGUGAAAUUAGUUCCGGUGUAGUUUGGAUGGGCUGACUGCGCAGGCUGACUUUAGGCCAGCUCUUAUGUGUGAAAUUAGUUCCGGUGUGGUUUGGAUGGGCUGACUGCGCAGGCUGACUUUAGGCCAGCUCUUAUGUGUGAAAUUAGUUCCGGUGUAGUUUGGAUGGGCUGACUGCGCAGGCUGACUUUAGGCCAGCUCUUAUGUGUGAAAUUAGUUCCGGUGUGGUUUGGAUGGGCUGACUGCGCAGGCUGACUUUAGGCCAGCUCUUAUGUGUGAAAUUAGUUCCGGUGUAGUUUGGAUGGGCUGACUGCGCAGGCUGACUUUAGGCCAGCUCUUAUGUGUGAAAUUAGUUCCGGUGUGGUUUGGAUGGGCUGACUGCGCAGGCUGACUUUAGGCCAGCUCUUAUGUGUGAAAUUAGUUCCGGUGUAGUUUGGAUGGGCUGACUGCGCAGGCUGACUUUAGGCCAGCUCUUAUGUGUGAAAUUAGUUCCGGUGUAGUUUGGAUGGGCUGACUGCGCAGGCUGACAGGCAUCGUUUGCUUCUCCUCACUUGGAUAGAGUGAACGAUAUGUUUUGCAAUAUUCUAAAGGCCUACUGCAAUACGUAGCAUGUUUUUGUUUCUCUUACAAUACAUUUGAUUAGUAUUAGAGUUAUAGUAAAUGAAACAGUCCUGUAACUGCUUAUUUUUACACAUUUUAAACGUAAAAGACAAUAUCAACCCGGAAGGCAAAUUAUUUGCUAUAAACAUGAGUGCCAAUGCUAAGAAAUAGGUAUUCCUUAUCAUUCAGUUAGCCCUAAUUUAAAUUCAAUUGUCAAGUAACAUGCACGAUUAUUUCCCAUUCAUCCAUUUGUCAUUCAGUGAGGCGAGAGAGACGCAUUAGCGCAUGGCUGGGUACUAACAUCCUACAGCGCAUUGUCUUGGUGGGUUAAGUUGUAAAUAGGUAUGAAAAAAUAGGUAAAAAGGCUCAAUACUUUUCUGUUUAUGAUUAAAAAAUGUGCAAUGUAAAAUACAAACAUUUAGGGAAAGUCAGGGAAGGACAUUGUUUGUCUUCUUUGGUAGGAAUCGUCCGCUAGGAAUCGACUCCUAAGAUUCAGUAUUUUUGGAAUGGAGGAGACUGAUUAGUUGCCGUACUUCUGAGAACACAAACACAUCUUUCAUGGGGGGGGGGGGGGGCACACAGUAUCGGCAGUUCGGCCACCAGGCAGACUGAGUCAGAACCGUGCACUAGGCCUAACUAUCAGCAAUCAAAAGCUGUAUCUCGCAAUGGAAUGCUGUAUUGCGCAAUUUCUUGGCUUGCAAUGUCUUGCAACUUCAAUAAAGCAGUGCCUAUCAUCAAUGAAUAGGCUAGGAUAUUCUACACGAAACAGACCGAAGACUGAACACACGCUCACAUCAUUAGCAACGAGAAAGUGCAGGCAAGCCAGCUGCACUGUGCUUGUAAUUUUUUUUGGGGGGGGAAAACAAACAUUGUUUAUUCGUUAGGGAUUUCUCUUAACAUUAAGGAGCCAAAUUUUGUUUAAAUGUUCACACCCCUAAUGUCAAUGCAGAUGAUUCACCACAGCUGCAUAGAACUGCCCUAGAGCUUGUCAUUUGAACUGGUGGUCUGUGUUCAGUCAGUGUGUAUUUUAAUGUAUACCCUUGUUCUGUAUUAUAGCAGUCUAUCCUGGGUCUUGUUCAUUAGCCGCCAAAAGAAAACUGACUGAAGCGGGGAGGGACAACCUGAACUCGUCCCAUAAACAUUUUGUUUUCCAUCUCGUGCUACAAUUAUCAUGGCCCAGACGUCACUCCCUUUCAAAUUGACUGCCAUUUAUUUGUCUCUCUAAGAUUUGAGUAGAACUUCCUUAGGCACCGAAUGGGUAUGGUUCUGUGGUGUAUUCACUAGGAACCAAACUGAAGCAAAUGGGUGGAAACGGGAAGGAACUAACCUGAACUUGUCCAAUAAAGGCUUGUUUUCUUGCUAAACGUUUUCCGUUGCAAAACAUUUUGCUACAGUGUGCACUAAUGAAUACCCCAUGUUUUCUUCUUGUGUGCAGGUCGCUGUGAGCCGAAGGGUGCUCUGACUGGCAGCAACGCCGGGAUCACCAGUAUAGAGUUUGACAGUGCUGUGAGUGUCAUCCUGCUUAAUCUCCUAGCCUGUCUAAAAUGUCACCCUAUAUCAGGGAUCAUCAACUAGAUGCAGCCGAUGGUCAGGGGGCCAGAACAUAAUUACAAAUAAUUUGUAGGUUGCAAAUUGACCACAAGAAGCCCAAACGGAUACAAUAUUUGACUAAAACAUAAUACUUGCUUAUAUUUGUAUACGAUCACAUAUAUUUCUCUUAGUCGUGAGAGUACAGAUUUCCAAAAGUUUAAUCACUUGGAGCUGAUUUGCUGGUGUUUUUAGUCUUAUGUCCAACAAUAAAUAAAAUAAAAGGAACCCUGCCCUAUAUAGUGCAGUGAAGUGCACUAUAUAGGGAAUAGGCUGCCAUUUCAGACGUGGCCCUAAUUUCCCCUGUUCAGGUCACAGGCAAUCUCUGCUUUCGUGCCUCUGCAGCAGGGUUGGGGUCAAUUCCGUUUCACGAAAUUGAAGGUCUAAGUAGAAUUGACCACAACCCUGCCCUGUAGCAUGGCUAGUAAUAGAAAUCGGAGGGGGGACUAUGGAUCCGUCUCAGUUUGUACGUACGUUAGUCACACGCAAUAUCUGACACCACUAGCCCAAUUUUGACGAAACGUAGGUGAAUGAUGCAUCUUGCCAUAGAGCACUGGCAUUUACAAAAGUCCAAACUUUGAACAAGCAUAUCUCCUGGCCCGUUUGAAUUGUUGUCACUAAUUGCGGGACGACAUGUGAACUGUUGCCUUGUUGGUUUUUUGCUUGUGGAUGCUUGCACAUCAAGUUAAGCUGGAGUCACAACUGUAGAUCUUUGGUCUUUUGUGAACUGUUGUAACCUGAAAAUUGUACUAGAUUUUGUUUAAUUUUCAGUGGGCAUCAGAGUUUAGGUUUUUUAAAUAGAAUUGAAUGACCUACCUGACCUUCUGACUGCAAUGAUGCUUUUCCACUCCACUGUUUAACUGUGUGAUGUUGUGUGUCUCAGGGCUCCUACUUGUUGGCUGCGUCCAAUGACUUUGCCAGUAGAAUCUGGACUGUGGAUGACUACAGACUGAGGGUAAGUAUGUCUCAGAAGGGCCCUUCUAUACAUCCAGAACAAAACAAACCUCAUUCGCUUGUCUUUGUUGCUAAAGCAAUGAAGUGUAGGUUGUAGGGCUGACCCCAUUUAGUCGACUGGUCGAUAGGCUGUAGGUCGACCGCGAUUUUCUUUAGUUGAGCAGUCAAAAAUAGAUAUCAUUUUUUCCAUGGCACAUGAGACACCUGUCUGAAUUGCGCCUGUCUCAGUGGACUAAUCCAUUGACUAGGCUGCGGGAAUGCCAUGGUCCAAGAAAGGGAGUGUGGCUAAGAUGCGCAAGGCACGUCUCUUCAGAAUGCUAUCUCUCCCGGCAUUUUGUGCGCAUUCAUUGUUUAAUAACUUCAUUUGUGUGAAUUGAUUGCCCUUUGAUUGUUAGUGUCUAUCAAUUCCCCAUUACAUAUCACCAGUAGUAGCCUACAUUUACAGUACAUAUUUUUUCACUUCAAGCUGCAAGUAAACAGUCUGUUUUUAGAAUCCAUUGAGAAUGACAAUAGUUCCUCAUUGUAUUUGAAAAAUAUUUCCAGCUGUCUCCCUUUCGAUAACCAUUUGGCAUGAAAGGGGAAAAUGUAAUGUUCUGAUCCAAUGGAAACAUCAAAUUAGCUGUUUUACUUUAUAUCCCUUGCACAAAUAGCCUACAGCUGUGUCUGUACCGAGCUCACUGGUGGGGAAACUGAGGGCCCAGAAUAUUUUAUAAGAAGUUUGCUAGCGUGAGCUUCAGGCCGGACACAGUUGAUAGUUGCUACGAGGUUUCAAGUACGUUGCAGACAGGCCAUGUAUAGCCAAUGUGAUUUCUAGGAUAUUUAUUUUUUGCAGGAUAUUUCCUAACUGCAGGCUGCAAUGUUAUUUGUUGGCUUAUGUAGGCUAUUACAUAGUUGGCAAUGGCAAUAAAGUUACUAUUAGAUUUGUAUCAUUUUCAUUUAGAUUAACCACAUGACAAUCAUUUUGAGCUAUAAAGACUAUUAUAAAUGAAAUUUAGCCUAUUACCGGCAACUUCAGCAGCUUAAUGGAAGAAUCUGGGUUUUUUUCUUCUGGUUAGGCUAUCUUCAUCUUGAGUCAUUUGUGUGUCGUAAUUAUUUAAUCAAACAGCGUGCUUAAAGCAUCAGACAAGCUCAGUACAUAUAGUUGAUUUUAUUAAAACACAUAUGGAAAAAUACACGUUUACAUUUUUUUUGACUAAUCAAUUGGUCGAAAGAAGAAAAUAAAGAUUGUCGGGAACAUCCCUAGAUGGUUCUUAGGAUGGGUUCAGCAGUUUUUCCUGAAAAACUGUAACUUACUAUGAUCCAUGCUAUGUGGUCAGGAAAUACUUCUGUCCCUAUGUAUAUAAGAACAUGAGCCCCUUUUUGGAGGCUAAAAUGUCCUUCUAGGCUGUGUUUGUCAGAUACUGCAGAAGUCAUAUGGUCAAUGAUGUAAUGUAAAAGGUCUGAUGCCCAGUUCCACUCCCUGCUAUCCAUCGGCUCCCAACAGCCCCUGCUCUACUCCCAGCAUGCUCUAGUUGUGCAUCGUUGGACACAGGGGCUGCUGACAGAGAGGAUGACCUCACAUCCUGUGUCUCUAAGAGACCAUGGCGUCACUGUGUUGCUGGACAUCCAACAGAACCAAUCACAAAGGGGUAUCAAGCUGUGGUACGGGGCUGGGCCGCUGAUCUCAACUUUCAAACUGAGACCAUACCUGUGUUCUCAAACACAAAGGGCAGUGCACUUUCCAUUCACCUUAACGUGGCUGGGCCAAUAAGAAACGCUCAUUUUUGUUCCCCCCCCCCCCCAGCACACGCUGACAGGCCACAGUGGGAAGGUGCUGGCGGCUCGCUUUCUCCUGGACAACGCUCGCAUUGUCUCAGGGAGCUACGACAGGACUCUGAAACUAUGGGACCUGCGCAGCAAAGUCUGUAAGAGUGUUUUUUAUUUUCCCCAUUGGUGUUAACAUUUUGUUUACAUUCCUCUUUCUCUGGUUUCCUCUUUAAAGGAUUUGGUUUUUUUCAGCCACACAAAAUGGCUUUUAAGAGAUUAAUGCGGAUUCGGUGUAUGUUCUACUCGUUGGGGAUUCGUUUUUCUUGUGGAUGAAGCCUUUGGUCAGUUCUAAACCCUACUAUGUUUCUUCCUCUCAGGCAUGAAGACUGUGUUUGCUGGAUCCAGCUGUAAUGACAUAGUCUGCACAGAGCAGUGUGUCAUGAGCGGCCAUUUUGAUAAGAAAGUGCGGUUCUGGGACAUCAGGUGAGUGUGGAGGGUGACACUUUAUUCAGAUAGUCCUCAAUAGAUGGCUUAUAGACAUCCAACUAACUAUCCACUAACCUUAAAGGGGCAAUCCGCAGUUGAAACAAAGCGUUGAACUAAGCUCAUGAAGCAUUUAUAAGUUAUAUUCUUCAAGAGUCAAUGGGUACAUUUUAAUUUACAAGUCAGAAAAUUAAUAACGAAACUGCAGAUUGCCCCAUUAACCUUACCAAAACGGUGAACCUACAGUGCCUUAGGAAAGUAUUCAGACCCCUUGACUUUUUCCACAUUUGUUUACGUUAGUUACAGCCUUAUUCUAAAAUUGAUUAAAAAAAUUAUAAUCCUCAGCAAUCUACACACAAUACCCCAUAAUGACAAAGCGAAAACAGGUUUGUAGAAAUGUUUGCACAUUUAUUAAAAAUUUAAAACAUAAGUAUGCAGACCCUUUGCUAUGAGACUCAAAAUUGAGCUCUGUUGCAUCCUGUUUCCAUUGGUCAUCCAUGUGAUAUUUACUUUUAUUUCUCAUAAAUUAGAAAAAAAUUAUAAUAACCUGUUUUUGCUUUGUCAUUAUGGGGUAUUGUAUGUAGAUUGAGGAGGGGGGAAAAAACAAUUUAAUCAAUUUUUGAAUAAGGCUGUAACCUAACAAUGUGGAAAAAGUCAUGGGGUCUGAAUACUUUCCGAAGGCACUAUAACCAUAUCCCUAGUAAAACUUAACGGACAGUACCAGUCAAAAGUUUGGACACCUACUCAUUCAAGGGUUUUUCUUUAUUUUUACUGUUCUUUACUCUUUACAUUGUAGAAUAAUAGUGAAGACAUCAAACUAUGAAAUAACACAUAUGGAAUCAUGUACAAAAAAAAAAAUGAGAUUCUUCAAAUAGCCACCCUUUGCCUUGAUGACAGCUUUGCACACUCUUGGCAUUCUCUAUCAAUCAAUCAGAAGAUAGCCCUAUUUGGUAAAAGACCAAGUCCAUAUUAUGGCAAGAACAGCUAAAAUAAGCAAAGAGAAACGACAGUCCAUCAUUACUUUAAGACAUGAAGGUCAGUCAAUCCAGGAAACUUCAAGAACUUUGAAAGUUUCUUCAAGUGCAGUCGCAAAAACCAUCAAGCGCUAUGAUGAAACUGGCUCUCAUGAGGACCACCACAGGAAAGGAAGACCCAGAGUUACCUCUGCUGCAGAGGAAAAGUUCAUUAGAGUUAACUGCAUCUCAGAUUGCAGCCCAAAUAAAUGCUUCAGAGUUCAAGUAACAGACACAUCAACCGCAACUGUUCAGAGGAGACUGUGUGAAUCAGGCCUUCAUGGUCGAAUUGCUGCAAAGAAACCACUACUAAAAGGACACCAAUAAUAAGAAGAGACUUGCUUGGGCCAAGAAACACGAGCAAUGGACAUUAGACCGGUGGAAAUCUGUCCUUUGGUCUGAUGAGUCCAAAUUUUUGAUUUUUGGUUCUAACUGCUGUGUCUUUGUGAGACGCAGAGUAGGUGAACGGAAGAAUCUCAAAUAUAUAUUUUGAUUUGUUUUAACACUUUUUUUGGUUACUACAUGAUCCAUAUGUAAUUUCAUAGUUUUAAUGUCUUCACUGCUAAUCUACAAUGUUAAAACAUGUAAAAAAUAAAGAAAAAUCCUUGAAUGAGUAAGUUUGUCCAAACUUUUGACUGCUAGUGUAUGCCUCCCAUUUGUUUUUCAAACUCUGCCAUGAAAUUAGCAGCAGCAGUACAAAAACUAAGCUAGGCAAACACAUUACUCUCUCCUAUAAGCGCAAUUAAAGGGGAAUUACACUCAAUUCUAAGACCUAAAAAAUUGUAUUCUGAUGUGAUUUAAGCAUUGACAUGGACUCGGAACAUCCCAUUUUGUUGUUUCUCUAUAAAUAAUUGAAAUUGAGAGUGAAAAAUACAAAAUGAUCCAAAACCAGGAAAAAAUGUAACUGAGAAAACAGAAUUUGGGGAAAUAAUGUAAUUUUAUAGGCCCCCCCUUAAGACUAUGAUACACUAGCAAUUAUUUGAGGCAAUAUUGGGGUAUGUGACACUGGAGCUAUAAUAUGCAACAUGGAAUAUAGAUUUCAUGUGAAGCACAAUUUAAAACUUAAUUUCCAAUUUGUAUUUACUAAUCUCCUAUAGCUUGUUAUUGCGAGUUGACUGCCACAGCUGUACUGAAAUUCAUCAGCUAACAAGCAAUAAAGAGGACUUGCCCCUGCGUUGUCCAUCCGCUCAACCUGCUGCUAGUCAAGUUAAUGGAAAUGCAGACAAAGAUAACUACACUGAACAAAAAUAUGAACGCAACAUGCAACUAUUUCACUGAGUUACAGUUAAUAUAAGGUUAGGCCCCUAAUUUAUAGAUUUCACAUGACUGGGAAUACAGAUAUGCAUCUGUUGGUCACAGAUACCUUAAAGGUACCGGCGUGGAUCAGAAAACCAGUCAGUAUCUGGUGUGACCAUCAUUUGCCUCAUGCAGCGCAACACAGCUCCUUUGCAUAGAGUUGAUCAGGCUGUUGAUUGUGGAAUAUUGUCCCACAUUGGCUGUGCAGAGUUGCUGGACAUUGGUGGGAAAUGGAACACGCUGUUAUACACGUCGAUUCAAAGCAUCCCAAACAUGCUCAAUGGGUGACGUCUGAGUAUGCAGGCCAUGGAAGAACUGGGACAUUCUCCGCUUCUCCGUGUACAGAUCCUUGCGACAUGGGGCUGUGCAUUAUCAUGCUGAAACAAUGGGCCGCAGCAUCUCGUCACGGUAUCUGUGCAUUCAAAUUGCCUUUGAUAAAAUGCAAUUGUGUUUGUUCUGUAGCUUUUGCCCCCACCGCCACCAUGGGGCACUCUGUUCACAACGUUGACAUCAGCAAACGGCUCGCCCACACGACGCCAUACGCUGUCUGCCAUCUGCCCGGUACAGAUGAAACCGGGUUUUUCCCGCUGAAGUCUGUUACGAUGCCGAACUGCAGUCGGUUCAAGACCCUGGUGAGGACGACGAGAACGCAGAUGAGCUUCCCUGAGAUGGUUUCUGCAGAAAUUCUUCGGUUGUGCAAACCCAGUUUCAUCAACUGUCCGGGUGGCUGGUAGCUAGCUAACAAUCUAUGUGGCUAGCUAGCUAAUUUAGCCAGUUUAUCCCAUUUGGCUUAUCAUAAGCUCCGGUUAGCAUGCGCCCUACACAGUAUGUAUGUACAGUGGGGGAAAAAAGUAUUUAGUCAGCCACCAAUUGUGCAAGUUCUCCCACUUAAAAAGAUGAGAGGCCUGUAAUUUUCAUCAUAGGUACACGUCAACUAUGACAGACAAAUUGAGAAUUUUUUCCAGAAAAUCACAUUGUAGGAUUUUUUAUGAAUUUAUUUGCAAAUUAUGGUGGAAAAUAAGUAUUUGGUCACCUACAAACAAGCAAGAUUUCUGGCUCUCACAGACCUGUAACUUCUUCUUUAAGAGGCUCCUCUGUCCUCCACUCGUUACCUGUAUUAAUGGCACCUGUUUGAACUUGUUAUCAGUAUAAAAGACACCUGUCCACAACCUCAAACAGUCACACUCCAAACUCCACUAUGGCCAAGACCAAAGAGCUGUCAAAGGACACCAGAAACAAAAUUGUAGACCUGCACCAGGCUGAGAAGACUGAAUCUGCAAUAGGUAAGCAGCUUGGUUUGAAGAAAUCAACUGUGGGAGCAAUUAUUAGGAAAUGGAAGACAUACAAGACCACUGAUAAUCUCCCUCGAUCUGGGGCUCCACGCAAGAUCUCACCCCGUGGGGUCAAAAUGAUCACAAGAACGGUGAGCAAAAAUCGCAGAACCACACAGGGGGACCUAGUGAAUUACCUGCAGAGAGCUGGGACCAAAGUAACAAAGCCUACCAUCAGUAACACACUACGCCGCCAGGGACUCAAAUCCUGCAGUGCCAGACAUGUCCCCCUGCUUAAGCCAGUACAUGUCCAGGCACGUCUGAAGUUUGCUAGAGUGCAUUUGGAUGAUCCAGAAGAGUAUUGGGAGAAUGUCAUAUGGUCAGAUGAAACCAAAAUAUAACUUUUUGGUAAAAACUCAACUCGUCGUGUUUGGAGGACAAAGAAUGCUGAGUUGCAUCCAAAGAACACCAUACCUACUGUGAAGCAUGGGGGUGGAAACAUCAUACAAUAAAAUGCAAAUUAAUUACUUAAAAAUCAUACAAUGUGUUGUUCUGGAUUUUUGUUUUAGAUUCCGUCUCUCACAGUUGAAGUGUACCUAUGAUAAAAAAUUACAGACCUCUACAUGCUCUGUAAGUAGGAAAACCUGCAAAAUUGGCAGUGUAUCAAAUACUUGUUCUCCCCACUGUAUACACUGCAUUCUAUUCUAUAAUAUUCUACUGUAUCUUAGUCCAUGCCGCUCUGUCAUUGCUUGUCCAUGUAUAUAUUCUUAAAUCUCAUUCCUUACUAGUUUUGUGUGUAUUGGGUAUAUGUUGUGAAAUUGUUAGAUAUUACUGCACUGUCGGAGCUAGAAGCACAAGCAUUUCGCUACACCCGCUAUAACAUCUGCUAAACACGUGUAUGUGACAAAUAAAAUUUGAUUUGAUUUGAAUGGUUGUAUGGGGUCUUUGCCUAAGGUGUCGUUUUCUUGUCAUGACACUGUCUUUUUGUCCGGGGGGGUAUUCACUACAAACCCAGAGGAAGAUAAUCUGCCUAAACGGGGAGUGACCUACCUGAAUUUGUCCCAUGAGAAACUCAUUUUGCUACUGUGUGCUCUAAUAUGAAUACCCCCCCUCUCGUAACACUGUUACCAUUUUUUAGCUUGCUAUUGUCCUGUAGCCCAUCCUAGCCUGUGUAUUCAUUUGGUUGCUCUGAAUUUUUUAUUUUUUUAGAGCGGAGAGUAUAGUCUGCGAGCUGGAGCUUCUGGGCCGAGUCACAUCUCUUGACCUGAACCACGACCGCACCGAACUGCUCACCUGCUCCCGGGACGACCUGGUUAAGAUCAUCGACCUGCGCAGCAACGCGGUCCGCCAGACCUUCAGGUACGGGGACAUGUCACUGCUUUAGUACCGUAGACUCCAGCUCACUCACCUGACCACCACUCACCAAUUGGUGUGUCAAGCCAGCACUCUGUGUUUUCUUUCUAGUAUAUUUGUAGUCAUGGAGAGCUUCACCCAUAUUGUCAAUUAAGAUAAUCUGAGGAGAUUGCAUUGGUGGUCAGAGAUUCUCUUUAUUCUUAUUGGUGAAUAGAUGCUGUAUGUGGGCAAUGGAAUAGUCCUAGUAGUGCAAACCCUGCCUGUCUGGCACUCAAGGUGCAAUCAAACACUCAACAUAUUUAAAAGGAAACCAAGUACUAUUUGAACACAGGUCUGAUGUGGAUUAGUGGUGUUGGAGGUUUAUGUCAAGUGUUUUCCCAUCUCUCCUCCCAGUGCUCAGGGCUUCAAGUGUGGCGCUGACUGGACCCGAGUCACCUUCAGGUGAGUGGACACAUUUUACACCAAGGCUGUCCUAAAUGGCACCCUACAUAGAAUAGAGCCCAUUGGUCAAAAGUAGUGCACUGUGUAGGGAAUAGAGUGCCAUUUGGUUUAUAGUUUUACUAACAAAGGUCCUGGUCAAAUUCCCUAUCAUCCUCCAUGCAAGUGUGCACAUGCUCACCUCUCCAACCACAGUCCCAUGACUUUCCACUCGAGCACCUUGUUUUGAUCCUCCCGUUUCCUUGUUCUCCUCAGUCCCGAUGGCAGUUACGUGGCGGGGGGCUCUGCAGACGGAGCUCUGUAUGUGUGGAAUGUCCUGACGGGCAAGUUGGAGCGCACACUGGACAAGAACCACUGGUCAGUUUGAAUUUCUGGAGUAGGAUCAAGUCUCGCUUUGACACUGCACUCUAGUCAGUUUUGCACGUUUUUAAUGGUUUAAGGUUCAGCAUUUGAGGGUAAGCCAUAGACUUGGAUAGACGGCUCUAGUGCCACAAAGCCUGUUAACUUGGGCAGGGCCAUUGAGGACUUUUUAUAUUUUUUAAGUAGAGAGCUGGGUGGGACUUUCUGUGCAGUGUUUCCCCUAGAAUUUUAGCAGCGGUGGCAAGGGUCGGGGAAGGAUGGGUGGAGGAGGGUCCCAGGGGAGUGUUUUUGUAGGACUGUGAGAAGGUCCGUUCUGGUGAGUUUUUAAUAGGACGUUCUACUCCAAAAUGAUUGGGGAAAGAAUAUGCUGAAUAUAAUGAAAUAGGCUGAAACAUGGUGUUACCCAUAUGCAUACCUCAUUGGGCUAAUCAUUAACUAGAUCCCAAACUCUGAACAUGAUCAAUGCGUUUAAUAUCCAAACAAAAAAACUUAACAUUAACAAAGAGAAUAAUAUGUUACAAUUGACCCUUGUUACAUUUAGCACCGUUCUCCCUGAUGCACUCACAGCCAAUUGCAGAGGCUAAAUGCGCCUAAACAAUGCUGAUAUACAGCGCAGAUCGCUCGUUAUUAGGAGUUGAGAAAGAAAAGUAGUAGCCAUAGAAAGCUGGGAUCCCCAUCUUUUUAACAAAGGCUAUCAAACGUUUUUCCUGCAAUUGCGUUAAGGAAUGUGAAUUGACUGCUUAUCAGAAUGCAUGUUUCUCUCCCUGUGGGACUUGCAACUUGAAUGCCCCUCGAGAGGAAUAUUUAUUUCUCACAUAGAACACACAACGACAAGCUGACUAGGUAAAUAGCUAGGUAAACUAUUCUACUAUGGGGUUGUCUGAUGCUAGUGUUCAUUACUCUUGUUGGCAGAGGAAAAGUACAUGUUGACAGUUCUAGCAUCUUCAAAGUGUUCCUCUGUAAAAAAAAAUAUUUACAAAAUUAUUAUUUUUUUGGUGUUAAAUGAACACAGGGCAAACACUGCUAUGGGUUAAGGAAAGAUCACUUCAUUCCAUCCAGGUCAGCAGGAGGGAUCAGCCAAUAUACUUGUAAGCAAACAUUCUAUAACUGCAGACCGCAUUAAAUCACCAACCUUGUGUUUAUGCCUGUUCAGACAACAGGGCCCCGUGUAGCUCAGUUGGUAGAGCAUGGCGCAGGGUUGUGGGUUCGUUUCCCACGGGGGGCCAAUAUGAAAAUGUAUGCACUCACUAACUGUAGGUCGCUCUGGAUAAGAGCGUCUGCUAAAUUACUAAAAUGUAAAUGUAACACACUCCAGGUGGCAGUAUGCACCAUUUCAGUUUGUUGACCGACUCAUAGUAGAAGAAAAUAUAAUACUUUAAAAUGAAGAAAGCCGGGCCUCCCGAGUGGCGCAGUGGUCUAAGACACUGCAUCACAGUGCUUGAGGCAUCACUACAGACCCGGGUUCGAUCCCAGGCUGCGUCACAGCCGACCGUGACCGGGAGACCCAUGAGGCGGCGCACAAUUGGCCCAGCGUCGUCCUGGUUAGGGGAGAGUUUGGCCGGCCGGGAUUUCCUUGUCCCAUCGCCCUCUAGCGACUCCUUGUGGUGCCGGCUGGACGGUUUUUCCUCUGACACAUUGGUGCGGCUGGCUUACGGGUUAAGCGAGCAGUGUGUCAAGAAGCAGUGCGGCUUGGCAGGGUCGUGUUUCAGAGGCCUCUCCUGAGUCCGUACAGGAGUUGCAGCGAUGGGACAAGACUGUAACUACCAAUUCGAUAUCACUAUAUUGGGGAGAAAAAGGGCUAAAAGUACAAACAAACAAAAACGACCACAUUAAGAAAGCCCUCAAUGGCGCUGCCCAUGCUGUCACAGAAGCCAUUAUGGCACAGAUGCAAGGAAGGGAACUUUUUCCAUCUCUUUGGGGUAAGGGGUAACUUCUACCUGAAACUCCUGUUCUGCCGUCCUGCUCAGUUCUGUUUUCUCUUCUCAGCUCGGCCAUCAACUCGGUGUCCUGGUCGCCGUCGGGAGCCUACGUGGUCAGUGUGGAGAAGGGCAGCAAGGCCGUGCUCUGGUCCGACAUGUGAUUGGCUAUGCUCUGCUCUGGCCCUCUGCCAUUGGGUGGCUGGCUGUCUGUCUGGAUUGUUCAAUGGAGGCACAGACUGGACAGGGGUUUCCCUAGCCCUACCCUCUAAUGUCCAACCGCCCAUUACUUUGCCUCACUGGCAUUGGAACAUUCUGUGCUCACAUGCGUGGGGGGGGGUGGUUUUCUUGCCUAUAGGAAGGUCAUCCGGUGGCCCAUGGGUGGCAGCAGAGAGCUAGUUGGUGUCCAGUUGAAAGUGU